CUGCACCUGGUGCCGAAGAUGCUGGCGCCACUGGUGAGCCUGUGGGUGCCAAGCGCGUACGUCGUCUCCUUCAAGCUGGAGACGGAUGAGAACCUCCUCGUGCCGAAAGCGCGCUCCGCAUUAGAGAAAUACAAGCAUAAGAUGGUGGUAGCGAACCUCCUGCAGACUCGGCAUCACCGCGUGGUGCUGGUGAAGCCUGAUGCAAGCCAGGAGAUCCUCCUCACCAGGGAGGAGGUACACGCAGGUGUGGACAUCGAGGCGUCGAUAGUGAGUGAGAUAGUGCGCCUUCAUACGGUGCACCUUGGCGGGCCGAGCGUCCCCGCCGCGCGCUGAGUGUC